CAAAAUGUCGGUUGAAGUGGAUUAUGAUUGCAUAGUGAUCGGGGCUGGAGUCCAGGGCUCCUUCACGGCCUAUCAGCUUGCAAAAAAGAACAAGAAGACUGUUCUGCUGGAGCAGUUUGUCCUGCCCCACAGUCGUGGGAGCUCCCAUGGCCAGACCCGAAUCAUCCGCAAGGCCUACGAACAGGACUUCUACACCCACAUGAUGGAGGAGUGCUACGAGCUGUGGGCCCAGCUGGAGAGGGAGGCAGGUGUCAAACUGUACAGACAGACAGGACUCCUGGUGAUGGGACCCGAGUACAGUCAGAGUUACCAGCUGUUUAAGAACACCCUGCAGAGAAACAAGGUUCCUACAGUGAUUCUCAACCGUGACAACUUCAGGCAGCACAUCCCCCAUGUCAACCUGGCGGAGGGAGAUGGAGCGCUGGUGGACAUAACUGCUGGAGUUCUGUAUGCUGACCGUGCACUCAAGACUGUACAGGGGCAGUUUCAGAAGUUGGGGGGGGUCAUAAGAGACACAGAGAAGGUAACAGACAUCACGCCUGGCCCUGUUGUGACAGUGUCGACCUCUGCUGGUGUUUAUCGAGCCAAGAGUGUGGUGAUCACCGCUGGACCCUGGGCUAAUAGACUGCUGGCCCACACUGGCUUACAGUUGCCACUAGAGGUGGUGAAGAUCAACGUGUGCUACUGGAAAGAGAAGGUUCCUGGAUCUUAUGACGUGAAGCAGCGCUUUCCCUGCUUCCUGCAGACGGAGGGCGAGGAGGCUAAGGAGCACAUCUACGGCCUCCCGUCCAACGAGUACCCCGGCCUGGUUAAGAUAUGCUAUCAUAUGGGCAGUGAGACAGACCCAGACCAGCGAGACAAGCAGACAGACAGGUCUGAUAUUGACAUCCUCCAGCGCUUCAUCGCCCGCUCCUUUCCUGGCCUGCUCCCUGAACCUGCUGUGGUGGAGAGCUGCAUGUACACGCUAACGCCUGACCGUCACUUUGUGCUGGACUGCCACCCCGACUACAGCAACAUUGUGUUUGGAGCAGGAUUCUCAGGUCACGGCUUCAAGUUUGGACCAAUCAUUGGCAAGCUCCUGUGUGAACUCAGCCUGGGAGAAGUGUCCUCCUAUGACCUGUCACCUUUCCGAAUCAGACGCUUCCAGACAAAGACCAAAUCAGCUUUAUAGAGCUCUAGUUUAUAGAGCUAGAGAACCUUAUAGGAACAGCAUCAACAGAUCAAGUCUUAUCUAACUGUAACUGUAGUAUGAUUUGGUAAUGGUAAUUUUGCCUUUUAUUGUUAACACACAAUAACGCAUGUUUUGUCUGCUGCUUUAUGUGAUGUUGUCAGUAUGUGUUUCCACCUCCCCGUGGUGUAAUCAGAUGUGUAGCAUUACGAGGGUCAGUGUGCUCACAUGCAGUUAAGCUGCAGUCUGCAGGAAUCAGAUUUUUUAAAGGAAUAGUUCAAUAUUGAAUAUGAAGCUACAUCCAGGGGGUGAUUAGCUUAGCUUAGCUUAGCAUAUACUGGAAGCACGAGGAGACAGCUACAAUAGACUGGCUCUGUCCAAAUUCUGAUCUGUCUGAUUUCUUGGCCAAAUAUACACUU